AUGUCCGACAAUGAAGAUAACUCUGUCCUCUGGGGCUCGCCCCAAGAGACUGGCUCGGCCUUCGACUUCAGAAGCAUGCUCUUCGCCAUCACUCGAACGACACUUCAUGACGACGUCUAUAGCGAGGACCUGACGACGAAAAACUUUGAGCAGGAGAUGGCAAAGAUAUGCGGACACGAGAGCGCAGCAUUCGUGCUCUCAGGCACCAUGGCAAACCAACUUGCACUUCGCUCUCUGCUGCACCAACCACCUCAUGCCAUCAUCGCCGAUGCCAGCGCCCACAUCAUCCACUGGGAAGCUGGUGGUAUUGCACACCUAUCGGGCGCCUUGAUCCAAGCGAUUCGCCCCAUGAACGGCCUCUACCUCACCCUUGAGGACGUCAGAAAGCACGCGGUCUUGACAGAUGACGUGCAUAAAUGCCCCACGAGGGUCAUUAGCUUGGAAAACACUUGCUCCGGCGUGGUAGUUCCGCUUACAGAAUUACAGAGAAUUAAGGAGUGGACAUCGGCAAAUGAUAUUGCGGUUCAUAUAGACGGUGCUCGCCUGUGGGAAGCAGUCUCAGCUGGGGCGGGUACCUUGGACGAUUUCGCGAGGUGCUGUGACGUUCUGACUCUGGAUUUCAGCAAGAAUCUGGGUGCACCAAUGGGUGCCAUGGUGCUUGGGUCGUCUGAGUUGAUUCAGAGACUUCGCCGUAUCCGAAAGAGUAUUGGCGGCGGCAUGAGGCAAGCUGGUGUCCUUGUUGCUGCCGCCCGGCAGGCUGUUCACGAGAACUUUGGGCUUGGGAACCGGGACCGUAGGGGUGUGCUGAAGCGCAGCCAUAUUAUGGCACAGAGAAUUGACGAGCGGGCCAUGAAGCGUUUGGGGGCUGUGAUGGAUAUAGCACUUGGCCAUGUCAGAAAAGCUCUUUUGGGGGAAACCGAAGUGAAAGCUCGAUUGAUGAUGCACCCGUCGCGACAGGCCUACGUCGAGGAGGCGAUGGAGGAGGACAGAGGAAUCGCGCUCGAGGAUAUUCCUACUGACCAUGACUACGAGAUCCCCUCGGCGGCAUCCGGCGUGGCGCCUGAGAAAGCGUCUGCCGUUCUGGCGCAGAUGGAGAGAAAGAAACUGGCAGCCAGCAUUGCUGUGCCCACCGACGACAAUCGAGUGCGCGCAAAACUCAGAGAGCUAGGCGAGCCUAUAACACUGUUUGGAGAGGGAAAGCCCGAACGUAGAGAUCGUCUAAGGAACCUUCUUGCUAUCCAGCAGGAGAUGGCUGGCCUUGAGAGUGGGGACAUUGAGAUGGAAGACGCGGCAGACGAAGACGCGGACGAGCAAGACGAAGAGUUCUACACGCCAGGAGGUCAGGCAUUGUUACAAGCGCGCAUCAACAUUGCGAAAUUCUCCCUUCCCCGAGCGAAACGUCGAGUCCAGUUCCAGAAAGCAGAGUCGACUAUCCCACUGCGCACCCACGUCAAGUUUCGAAAACAGAUCAGGGAGAGACUGGAGGCCUUUGAGCUCCAGGGCAGUCAAACAGCCGGCGACAGGCAUGUCAGCAUGACGAGGUUAUCGCCAAAUGGGGAGAUUGUCGCAGUGGGCAACUGGGGAGGCGGGCUAAAGCUCAUUGAGGUGCCCAGUUUGGAGGAGAAGAUGAAUCUGCGAGGACACACCAACAAGAUCAGUGGCCUAUCGUGGUAUCCAGGCUCGACUUUGCCUGAUUCCAACGUUUCUCCUGACACCGUCAACCUCGCCUCUGGAGGAGCUGAAGGUGUGGUUCACCUAUGGUCGUUAAAACAGGACACCCCCCUUUCAACACUCACCGGACACAGCGCCCGCGUGUCUCGCGUAGAGUUCCAUCCUUCUGGACGGUAUGUGGCUUCUGCUUCCGAUGACACUACAUGGAGACUUUGGGACGUGGAGACGACUGCCGAACUAUUGCUUCAGGAAGGUCACUCCAGGGGUGUAUAUGCCGUCAGCUUCAAUGCGGAUGGCUCCCUUCUUGCUAGUGCUGGCCUCGACAGUAUCGGCCGUAUCUGGGAUUUGCGAUCGGGUCGGACCGUCAUGAUCUUGGAUGAGCACAUCCAGCCGAUUUACGCGCUUGACUGGGGUUCAGAUGGACACCGUGUUCUGUCAGGAUCGGCAGACGGCUGGGUCAAGUGUUGGGAUGUCCGAAAGGUGCAGAGGACAGCAAAUCUAGGAGCGCAUGCAAAGGCCGUGUCCGAUAUCAGGUGGUUUCGGGGAACGGACGAUCCGAUCGACGGCAACCCUCCUGGUGUUGAUGAGAAGGGUGCGCAGCAACCCAAAAAGGCCGGUACCUUUUUCGUAUCUGGAGGAUUUGACGCCAAGAUCAAGAUAUUCUCAGCGGAUAACUGGGGCGUUAUUCAGACACUGAGUGGACAUGCCGGUCCGGUUGCAAGUGUAGACAUUACUCUCUGGGUCGCCGGUGUCUUCUUCCACCGAUUUUAUAUGCGAUACAGCAUGGUUGAAGAGAAGGGUGGCAUCCACCAUUAUAACAUCGCAGCUACAGCCCUGUUUCUUGCGAAUAAGACAGAGGAAAAUUGCCGCAAGACAAAAGAAAUAAUCAUCACCGUCGCCAAGGUUGCGCAAAAGAACCCGAAACUGAUGAUUGACGAGAUGAGCAAAGAAUACUGGAGGUGGAGAGACAGCAUUCUGGCUUAUGAGGAGCUGAUGCUAGAGCUUCUCACAUUCGAUCUUAUGGUAGAUAACCCCUACCAGCGUCUGUUCGAGUUGCUGGGCCGGCUCGACAUUGUCCACAAUAAGCACCUUCGACAGUCAGCUUGGGCAUUCUGUAACGACGCCUGCCUGACCUCUAUCCCUUUGUUGCUUGAGGCUCGCGAUGUUGCAAUUUGCGCGAUUUUCUUCGCUAGCGUACACACUCAACAAAAGAUAGAAGACGUCAAUGGCGAGCCAUGGUGGAAAGCCUUGAAGGGCAACGAGGAAAAAUGUGCUCGAGCAAUCGACAUUGUACGACAGUUCUACACGGAGAACCCACUGCGCAAACAAAACCCGUCCUUACCAUCACCAGCGUUUGACUUGGAGAAUACCAGACAACCCAGGGACCCGAUGAGCUUAGAUGCUCUCUCCUCGACUGCAGGUACGCCGUUUGAGCUCGAUAGGGGAACACAAAGUCCCAGAGCUCGCGUCAACGGCCGUGAUGACGUCACAAAUACUGAGUCUGGAUCACAAGCCACCCUGAAGGAGCCAGAAAGAGCGAAUGGCAACGGAGUUCCGUCUCCUGGUAAGCGAAAGGAGGUCGACUCAGACACCGAAAGUCGAGAUCAGAAGCGCGCGAGACUCUCUGACGAGGACGAGGGAGAGGUUCUGGACUAA